ACCAGGAUGCAGGAAAAACUGUCAGCAUGGUUUCACGUGACAUGAUGCACACUUCUUCCAUGAGUUUCAACAUAAAAAACAAACAUCAGUAUACAAAAUCCUUCCCAGUAUUAGAUGGAAACAUCCCUUCUCUGUAUAAGCAUGUGUUGGAUGGAAAUUCAAGCAACAGUGAGAUCUGCAUUCAGAGAUACUUGGAGUUGCUUGCAAAGAUCAAUAAAGGAGGAGGAGAAAAUGCAAUAUUUCGUCACACUCAGAGGAACAAGAAGCUGCUUGUUCGUGAACGCCUAAGGAUGCUUCUUGAUGAUGAAUUUUUCCUUGAGUUGUCCCCACUUGCAGGCCUUGAUAUGCCUUAUGGUGAUGUUCCUGGUGCAGGAUGUCUCACUGGACUUGGAAAAAUCUGUGGAAUUUGGUGUGUCUUCAUAGCAAAUGAUGCAACUGUGAAAGGUGGAACCAUUUAUCCUGUAGCUGUGAAGAAACAGCUAAGAGCUCAAGAAAUAGCAAUACAAAGUAGACUUCCAUUUCUUUAUCUAGUAGAUAGUGGAGGUGCAUUCUUACCACUUCAGGCAGAGCUGUUCCCUGACCAGUUCCACGGUGGUAGAAUUUUCUACAAUGAAGCUGUCAUGUCUGCAAUGAGACUAUCUCAGGUGGCAGUUGUGUGUGGGUCUUGUACAGCAGGAGGCGCUUAUGUCCCUACCAUGGCACAGGAAACAGCCAUUGUAGAUAAAAUUGGUACAAUGUUCCUUGCUGGGCCCCCAUUAGUUAAGGCCGCCACAGGAGAAGACAUUCUUCCUGAAGAACUGGGAGGAGCUAGCCUGCACUCCAAAGUCAGUGGCUGUGUUGACCACUUUGCAUCUUCAGAAAAAGAAGCAUAUGAAUGUGUUCAAAAUAUCUUUGCAACACUGAAUUAUGAAAUUCCCGCAGAAGAUACUGUAGACUAUGACAGCCCUUUGUACAGUGCUGAUGAGCUGCUGGGACUUGCACCAAAAGAUUAUCGAUACACUCUGCAUAUAAAAUUGAUUCUGAGUCGCAUGAUAGAUGGCAGCAGGUUCCAGGAAUUCAAAGCUAAUUAUGGAACAACCUUAGUUACUGGAUUUGCUUACAUUGAAGGACAGCUGGUUGGAGUAGUGGCUAACAAUGGUGAGCUGACUCAUGAUGCUUCUCUAAAGGGCUGUCACUUCAUACAACUUUGUAAUCAACGGAACGUUCCCAUCCUGUUCAUCCUGAAUACAGCUCCGCAGACAGCAGAGCCAGUCAGUUUUGCACAGGCCAAGGAUCAUACAAAUAAGUUAAAGGCUCAGGCCUCCAUGAUGGCUACGGUUGCUUGUGCCACUGUCCCCAAAAUAACCCUUGUGAUUGGAGGCUGCUAUGGAAAUGAAAGUUAUGCUAUGUGUGGGAGAUCAUUUGAUCCAAACUUCCUGUUCCUUUGGCCUAAUGCAAGAAUUGCUCUUGUGGAUUCAAGACAUUUUCCCACCUACUCGCAGAUUUGGGAUGACACAGGAACGGAGUUAAAACAACUAAAGGAAAAACUAGAAGAAGAAAGCAGUGCAUUUUACUCUUCUGCCAGGGUGUGGGAUGAUGGUGUGAUUCUACCCCAGGAUUCUAGGAAGAUUAUUGCACAGUGUUUAAGAAUUAUGAAACAGCAGAAAUACCAGAUCCUGUCUCCACAGCAAAAUCCUCUACCUGUCAUAAGGAUGUAA